CUGGUUGCUGCUGCUGCGGGGGCUGCCGCUCGGCUCGGCUCCACUCCACUCCGCGCCGUUCUCUUCUGCUCAGAGUCGGGGCUCGCUCUGGCAGUGGGAAGAUGGCGACGGAGGGAGCGAGUGGGGAGCCCGGCUCAAGCGGCCGCGGGGAUCCGGCGGCAGCGAAAAGAGAGUUUGAUGUGGACAGUCUCAGCAAACCAGAACUGAGGAUGCUGCUGAGUGUUCUAGAAGGGGAGCUGGAAGCGCGGGAUCUUGUGAUUGAAGCUUUAAGGGCUCGGAGGAAGGAGGUUUUUAUCCAGGAACGGUAUGGGAGAUUUAAUCUUAGUGACCCAUUUCUGGCUCUGCAGAGAGACUAUGAGGCAGGAGCUGGCGAUAAAGACAAGAGGUCCAUCUGUACGAACCCACUCUCUAUUUUAGAAGCAGUUAUGGCUCACUGCAGAAAAAUGCAAGAAAGAAUGGCAGCUCAGUUGGUUGCAGCAGAAAACAGACAAAAGAAGUUGGAAAUGGAGAAAUCACAAUUACAAGCACUUGAAAUGGAACAUAAGAAGCUGUGCACCCGUCUUGAGGAAGAGCGUGGCAAGAAUAAACAUGUCGUAUUGAUGCUAGUGAAAGAAUGUAAACAGUUAUCCAGUAAAAUAGUAGAGGAGGCCCAGAAACUGGAAGAUGCUAUGGCAAAAUUUGAGGAGGAAAAGAAGAAAGCUAGAGAACUGGAGGAAUCUCUUGCAGCUGAGAAACAACGGAGCACACAAAUGGAAGCACAAAUGGAAAAACAGCUUUCUGAAUUUGACACGGAAAGAGAGCAGCUGCAUGCCAGGCUUGGCAGAGAGGAAGCGCACACCUGUGAGUUGAAAGAAGAGAGGGAGAAAAUGAGAAAAAUGAUUGAACAGUUGAAAAAGGAAAAUGAUAGCAAGUUGCAUCUUUCUCUCCCACGUAGGAAUAAAGGGAGAGGUCCUGUCUCUGUCUCUGUUGGGACAGAGGGACCAGCUUUGAGAACGCUUGCCUGCCAGACAGAUGUGGUAUUAAUAGAUGGUGGUGCUGAAAAUGUUAGGAAGUUGCCUUUAACUGUACCUGUAAAGCCUUCAACUGUCAACCCUUUGCUCUCUGGCCACUCAAAGAUGAAUGUUUGCUCCAAUGCAGCAUUUGUGAAACCAGUUAUCGACAGACAUUCUUCCUGUAGUGACCUGCUCCUAUCCCCUUCUACUCCCAUUCUGACUCAGGGUCAGAGCAGAAUUGAGGAGAAUGGACCAAGUACAUCACCAGACUUAUCAAACAUACCUUCCCCUUUUCCAAACAAUGUGGCUUCCUCUCCAGCAGCCUACUUACAAGCUUCAUCUAUGCACUCUUCACAUUCUCCAUCUGCUAAUACUACUGGACAUCAAGGUCUGAAUUCACGUGUCCAGGCAGCUAGAUUUAGAUUUCAAGCUAAUGCUAAUGAUCAAGACCAAAAUGGAAACACUACCCAAAGCCCUCCAUCAAGAGAUGUAUCGCCCACAAGUCGAGACAACCUAGUUGCCAAGCAGCUAGCUCGGAAUACCGUCACCCAAGUCCUUUCAAGAUUUACAAGUCCUCAGGGCACUGCUGCUGGACGGCCAGGAAUGUCACAUUCCAUAGACGCUGGCACUUAUCCUCCACCAGUUGGUAGAAUGGGCUUAAAGACUCCCAAUGUGUCAAGAAUUGACAGAGGAAACCCCCCACCUAUUCCUCCCAAAAAGCCAGGCCUUUCACAAACUCCUUCUCCGCCACACCCACAGCUAAAAGUAAUUAUGGAUAGUGGCCGCUCACCUAAUAUAGGUGCCAAAACUGAGAGCAAAGCUGUAGUUUCACCUCCUUCCAGUUCACCUCAAGGAAUCAGGGUAAUAAAUGAGGAAGUUAGUUCUAAGUCCUCACCUCAGCUGCCACCCAAACCAACGAUAGAUAUAUCAGUGGCAUCUGCAGGCUGUGCCAUACCAGCCAUGGCCACGUCUCAGGUGGGUGCCUGGCCUUCCCAAUCCCCUGGACUGAACCAACCUGCAUGUUCAGAAAGUUCCUUUGUCAUUCCCACCACCAUUGCCUGUAGCUCCUCCAUAAACCCUAUUAGUGCUUCAUCCUGUAGACCAUGUGAUUCAGACAGCCUACUGGUAACAGCAUCAGGCUGGUCUCCCUCCCUAACCCCUUUAUUAAUGAGUGGUGGUCCUGUCCCCCUGGGUGGCAGGCCCACCCUUCUUCACCAAGCUGGUGCCCAGGGAAAUGUCACUUUAUUGUCAAUGCUGCUUAAUGAAGGAGGUCUGGACAUUAAUGAAUCAUGUGAAGAUGGCUAUUCUGCCUUGUAUUCUGCUGCUAUGAAUGGACAUACAGAUUGUGUAAGAUUGCUGCUGACUUCAGAAGCACAAGUUGAUCCUGUUGAUAAAAAUGGCUUCACACCCUUGUGUUCAGCAGUUGCUCAGGGACAUUACAAAUGUGCAGAAUUAUUACUCAUGUAUCGUGCUGACGUUAAUCAUGCUGCUGAAAGGGGAGAGACACCUCUCUACUUGGCCUGUGGAAAUGGAAAUAAUGAAUGUGUCAAACUUUUGCUGGAAGCUGGAGCAGACAGGAGCACAAAAACCUGCGAUGGCUGGACACCAUUCCAUGCUGCUGUGGAUGCUGGUAAUGUUGACUGCUUACAACUGCUUAUGUACUAUGGAAAGCCAGAAAAUGAAAACUUUGUGAAUGAAGAUACAAAUCCAUGCAUCUUUGACUUGGAGUGUGAAGACAGCUUUAACCAUAAAACAAAGCCUAUUGUUUCUGCAGAUCUCAUCAACCAUGCUGACAAAGUAGGUUGGACUGCAGCCCAUAUAGCAGCAUCAAAAGGCUUUAAGAGCUGCCUAGAAGUCUUGUGUAGCCAUGGGGGACUAGAGGCUGAGAGAAAAGAUAAAUGUGAUCGAACACUGCAUGACGUUGCUACCGAUGACUGCAAACACCUUCUAGAGAACCUGAAUGCUCUCAAAAUACCUUUACAGAUUGCAGUUAACCAGGUAGAACCAGCUUAUAGUGGUACAGAGGAACUUGAAACAGAAAACACAAUAUGUGUGCUAAACAUCCGCAAGCAGACAGCAUGGGAUGAUUUUUCAAAAGCAGUGUGUCAGGCGGUGACAAACCAUUUCCAAGCAAUCACCUCUGAUGGAUGGAGGAGCCUAGAAGACUUGACACUUAAUAACACUGCCGAAUCCAGCAUUGGCCUCACUGCAAGCAGUAUAUUAUCCAUCAAACUUGGCAAUGUUUCAUGGUCAGUAGGUCAGACAUUUCCUCAGCUACCUUGGGAAUUUUUGAAAAGGAACCAAGUGGAACAUAUAAUCAUAUUUUUGCUUGGUCCUCAAGAAGGCUGUCUUCACAGUGUGGCUUAUGCAUCUAUGAUCCAUCUACAGACACUGCAGAAUUACCUUAGGCUGGUGGAACAGUAUCGUAAUGUUAUCUUCCAUGGUCCAGAAGGAAGUUUACAAGAUUAUGUGGCAUAUCAGAUAGCCCUCUGCAUGAAGCACAAGCAACUAGCUAUGGGAUUCAGCUGUGAAAUAGUCAGAGUGAAGAUAGAUGCUGAUUUCUCCAAGGAGCAACUUGCAGAAUUAUUCAUCAAUAAUGCUUGCCUGAUCCCAGUGAAACAACCUUCUGUAAGCCAGAGAAUCAUUGUAAUUUUAGAGAAUCUGGAAAAAGCUGCAUUAUCAGAAUUGCUGGGAGAGUUUCUGCAACCUCUGGAAAAUCGUGGCUCUGAUAACCCCUACACUUUUAGAAAAGCCAAUGGGAUAUCUGACGCUUAUUGCUUCCAGGAGAACUGCUUUCUUAUGGGGACCAUUGCGAAAUCCCGGCUUCAAGGCUCUGACCUGAUGGUUCAACAACAUUUCCUCUGGGUUCAGCUAAGAUGGGAUGGAGAGCCAAUCCAUGGCCUCCUACAAAGGUUCUUACGAAGGAAGGUUUUAUGUAAGUUCAGAGGUAAAAUGCCUCCUCCGUGCAGCCCAGUGUGCAUGAUGGUAGAGUGGAUUCUCGCUGUCUGGCACCAGCUGAACUCGUGUUUAUCACGACUCGGGGCACCUGAAGCACUUGUCGGGCCAAAGCAUUUCCUUUCUUGUCCAGUGGUGCCUGGUCACAGCCACACCACAGUGAAGUGGAUGUCCAAAUUAUGGAAUGCUGUCAUUGCUCCCCGAGUUCAAGAAGCAAUUCUUUCCAGAGCUUCCCUGAAAAGACCAUUUACAUUGGGACAGACAGAAGUCAAGAAAAGUCCAAGUCAAGGGCAGCAGGCUGUGGUGAAAGCUGCUCUCAGUAUCCUGUUAAAUAAAGCUGUUCUGCAUGGCUGUCCUCUUCCCAGAGCAGAGCUGGAUCGGUACAUUGCUGAUUUUAAAGGGGGGAAUUUCCCCCUGUCCAUGGUAUCAAACUACAAGAAUUGCCCCAAGAAAAGGGGAGAAAGCAUCGCUUGGAGAAAAGUGAGCACAAGCCCACGUAAGAAGUCAGGCCACUCAUCAGCCCAGUCCUGGAAUAAAAAAGAGGAAAAUGCGGAAGAUGUAAAAUCAAAGAACAUAUUGCAGGAAAAUGGCAACAAAGUGGCUUCCCUAACAAAGAAAUCUUUAGAAGAUGACCCCCUAAGCGUGUUAAACCUGGAACAGAGGCUAUCCCUUGGUUCUGAUGAUGAAAUAGAUCUUGUGCAGGAGCUUCAGAGUAUGUGUUCAAGCAAAUCAGAGUCUGACAUAAGCAAGAUUGUAGAUUCAAAGGAUGAGUUGAUGAUGAUGAUGAUAAGUGCCUCUCAGAAGGAUCCUGUGCUUUCAGCAAAUAUCAUUAAUGCAAAUACACCAGCAUCACAGCAGGAUGUGAAUCCUGGGAUCCAUCCUCUCAGCAGCAGUCAGACUGUGGAAUGCAGCAACCAUAAAUCAAAAACUGAGUCUUUCAAGAGUGGUGUUUCAAGAGUGAAAUCUUUCCUUCCUGUACCCAGAAGUAAAGUCAGCCAGUCUUCUCAAAACACUAAAUGAAGCAGCAGCAACAGCAGCAGCAAUACAAGGCAAAUAGAGGCAGUGAGUGACUCUAAAGAAGAAAUUUGGAAUGUGCACAAAAAAAUACAACUUGAAAAAUAUGAAUAAAUAUACUGCUUACUGUUCAUUUCCCCCUUGUAGUCUUCACACACUCUCAGCUAUCUGUCUGGGAAAAUAAAUUUAUUCAAAAGUGUAAAUAAUUUUUAAAUUGUUUUCUCAGUUUUAAUGUAUGUAUGGGACCACAGUUUAAUUUCUAUGUAAAUAACCUGUUUAUAAUGAAAAUAUUAGAUUAUAUUGAAUUGAACUUUAGUAGUGGAAAGUGAUAGCUUCAUAAAUGAUUUUCUAAUCCAAAAAUGUUUUAUUGUUUAAUUAUAUUCAGGGGUAUCGCCACAGGAAAUGUGUGUGCAUGUGUGUGUAAAUAGAUAUUUAUAUAUACAUAUAUAGAUAUAUAUAGACAUUGCCUUGAUCCAGAGAUACCUGUGUACAAAGAGCUAGCACCAUAUGUAAUGCUUUGGUGGAGAUACUUCUGCAUAUGCAUUCCCUUACAUAUUCAGAGAAUCAGUCGCAUCUCCACUCUGCUAAUCUAUGGGAUUCCCAUACAGUGGCUCCUCUGUGGGUUUCUGCAUGGAGAAAACAUAGCUCUGGAUCUGCUAUGGUUUCCUGCAUCUGAUGGAAUCUUACAGGGUGUUGCACAUGUGAAAACAUUAUUCUAUGUGUGUAACAUCCCUACUGCUGAAGAAGAGGAUCGCUGGAUCAGGGCAAUAAACUUUAUAUAGUUAUAUGAUAAGUUUCCUGUGUUAUAUUUCAUACAUUGGGUUGCACAAUUCUGUACAGCACUGGCUUAAAUCUAAUGUAUAUGUGUUUUCAAGGCAAAAAAAAGUUUCUAAGUUCACUUUCUGAAAAGUGAAUGGAAUGUGGCAAUAAUGGGAAGGACUGGGAAUAUGGCCCAGUUACUUUCAGUUAUAAACUGCAUUAAAUAUGUCAUUUGCCCAUAUUACUGGGUAGUUUGGUUUAUUUCUUGUCCCUCUGAAGCUCUUUUGUUGCUUCAGUUUGCAUUUCCGACUGCUGUAGAAUUAUAAUUUGUGCAGACUUUGCUUUUAAGUUUAAAAGAACUGCAAAGCCAUCAUAAUAAGCAAUCUGGUUAUUUGUCCCAUAUCUUUUUUUAUAAUGAAAAAACAUAAUCUCUCAUUAUAUAAAUUAUUGUAUAUGCUAUAAACCUUUCCCCCAUUUUCUUAUUUUUGACAAAUGUUGGGAAUUUAUGGCAUCUUGCAUUAAAAGAUAUGUCUUUGUAAAGGGACAACACAAGAUUAACGCACAGUUAUCAGGAGAAAAAGCAGCAGCAAUAACUUAGGGGAGGGAGGGACACAAAUAAUUCUCCCAUUUGUGAUUUCUGUUUGCAAUAAUGUUUUUUUCACCUGAGAAGUGCUUAUUUCUCCCAUUCUGCAUUCUUUGCCCUCACCAGCAUUCAUGGUAAACACAGAUGUUCACCUUACUCUUGGUGCCAAUGCCCUGUCUUAACCUUUCUUCAAUGAAUAUACACAAUGACUUACAUACUGUGCAGUGCCCUGCCAGUCUAAGAGAGGGGUGCACAUACUGCGUCUGGGCCACUGAACAGCCCGUCCUUGCUGCUUGCAAACGUGGGCCUGUUUUGUGCCUCCUAAGGGGUGCAUGAUUGCUGCUGUGUCAAUACAGCCUUUGGGAAUAAUGGAAGCAGAGAUGCACCUAGGUAAUUUUGCGGCCUGGAUCUAGCAGCCUUUGGAGGCCCCCACUCCCACCCAGAACAGAUUAAAGAGGAUUUGGGGGGCCCAGGGGCUGUGGAGACCCUGGACAUUGGCCUAGAAGUCCAGGGGUAAGAGUGCCUCUAAAUGGAAGAUACACUUCUUAGGAGGCACAAGACCACCCAGCCCACGUUUGCAAGUAGUGAGGAUGGGCUGUUCACUGGCUCCCCUCUUAGAUCUUCAGGGCACUGUGCAGUAUGUAAGCCACUUAAGAACAAACUUAAUCGUCACCUAGCAAAUUAGUGGGUGUAAGUUCUGACAAUGGUUGUGAAGCUAUUCAAUCCAACAUCUUUGGGAAAGAGUUUGUAAAAGUAAAACCAGCAGUUACGUUAAAUGUUCUCGUGGAAAUUCACCGGUCAUUAUCAUGCCAAUAAAACCAUUUUGUACUGCA